GCGUAAGGAAGUGAUUGGGAAGACGUGGGAAGGUAAUUCCGUAGCUCCUUCACGUCCUUACAACUUCAGACCGUCUUCUUUUACCAGUCACAAGUCCAACAGCACUGCCCUGAGAGAAACUCAUCUUGACACAGCAUUCCUUGCAGUCCCGCUGCGUACCAUUGACCAUUUCCACCAUCAUGUCCUACCUCAGCCGCAGCUUGACCCCUCUACGGGCAACAGGAAGAGCUUUUCCAUCACGAUCAGUGGCAGCAUUCCAUAUCUCUUCAGCACGCCGAGGCUUGAACGAAGAGAACAUCCACCGCGAAGACCGAGACAAGCACAUCGAGCAUCACAAAUCCGAUAGCUUGAAGAAAGCAAAGACUGGCCAAGGAGAGUGGAAGCCCGAGCUCGGAAGCAACAGUGAACAGAACGUCCGCGGUGACAAGCAUAAUAUGACGAUGGAGCAAAUGCAGAAGCUGGGACAACAAAAGGCGAACGAAGAUAAGAACCCAGGUGGGAGUGACAGCUCCAAGGGAUCGCACCAAGUAUAAAUGCGAGUUCGAGACUGAAAUAUCCAUUUCCAACGAUGCUCGUGGCGGACAUGGAGUUCGGAGCUCAAGAUGAAAUUGAUGGCAUCAAACCUGCUGAUGUCUUGUACAUAAUAUUAUAACAAUGCUCUGUACUCGAAUCCCGGGGCAAUCACAUUUCAUCGUUUGUGUCCCAAAUUCUCAGGCAUGUGACAUAUAUAUUUCAG